GCGCGGCGGAGGGCUUGAUAUUGACCUAGAUAUUCAUUCAAAGUUCGGUCGAUGUGGAACUAGACAUCUGCGCGUUCCUGCGUUACCUUUCCCUCAUUUUAAAUGAUAUGUUCGACGGUGAUCGAUCCAGUGCGUGCAGUGCGCAAGUGAUUUUCGUUAAAAUGCAUCCUCUUACAAUUAUCCUGAAUUAAAUCUCGUGCAACCAUCAAAAUGGAAAAGCGUGCCAAGACAUCAAUAUCCGCGGUCACUAACAAUGUCAUCGAGAUGGAUAAUACCCAUUCCGAUUGUCGGGAAAUGAUGCUGAGGGACCAACAUCAAGAGGAUUCAGAGCCUGAACGAGGAAAUUGGACCGGACGGUUUGAUUUCUUGCUGUCGUUGCUCGGGUACAGUGUGGGCUUGGGCAAUGUGUGGAGGUUCCCUUACCUGUGUUAUAACAACGGUGGAGGUGCUUUUCUCAUCCCCUUUACAGUGAUGCUCAUAAUAGCAGGCCUUCCCUUAAUGUUCAUGGAGUUAUCUUUUGGCCAGUACGCAGCUCUCGGUCCUGUCGCGGUGUACAAUAGAUUUUGUCCUUUGUUUCGUGGACUUGGUUACGGAAUGGUCAUUGUUUCUUCGAUUGUCAUGCUGUACUAUAACUUGAUUAUAGCUUGGACCUUCUAUUAUAUCUAUGUCUCUUUUGUGAGCAUAUUUUAUCAACUGCCAUGGCAAAACUGCGACGCUGAUUGGAGCACAAAAUAUUGUUAUUCAUACGAAGCUGCAGAUGAAUGUGAAGCUAACAAUGGAACAUAUUACUUGAGGCAGUGUUUUAACCAAACGCAGGCCGCCUUACAUAACAUUAGUGCCCUGGCUAACGUGACGUUGAGACGACCGCCCGCUGAAGAGUACUUCUCAAACCAUGUGCUCGGAUUGUCAUCAGGCAUUCAAGAGAUUGGCGGUGUCCGCUGGAGUCUGGCUAUCUGCUUGUUUGCUGCGUGGCUUAUUGUCUUCCUCUGCUUAUGCAAAGGCGUACAGUCUUCUGGAAAGGUUGUCUACUUCACGGCCUUAUUUCCAUACGUGGUGCUGGUUAUAUUAUUUUUUCGGGGUGUAACGUUACCUGGAGCUUCAACUGGGAUUCUAUUUUAUCUGACUCCUGACUUCAGCCAGCUUGCAAAUGCACAGGUGUGGGGUGACGCGGCUGUUCAGAUAUUUUUUGCCUUGAGUCCGGCUUGGGGAGGUCUAAUAACUCUGUCAUCAUACAAUAAAUUUUCCAAUAACUGUUACUUAGACUCUCUGAUAGUGGCUGUAUCAAACAUUGCGACGUCGUUCUUUGCCGGCCUGGUGAUAUUUUCCGUGAUCGGCUUCUUGGCACAUGAACUGGAGGUGGAAGUAGACCGCGUGGUAGACCAGGGUGCUGGUUUAGCAUUUAUUGUAUACCCUGAGGUGGUCACUAGGCUACCUCUAUCACCACUCUGGUCGAUAUUGUUCUUCUUCAUGCUGUUGACACUUGGACUCGACUCUCAGUUUGCCCUCAUGGAAACUGUUACUACAGCAAUACUGGACAGAUUUCCAAAUUUUCGUGAAAGGAAAAUAUGGGUUGUUCUGACCGUGGCUAUAUUUGGUUAUCUCGGUGGUUUAAUUUUCACAACUAAUAGUGGUAUGUACUGGCUACAACUCAUGGACAAGUAUGCAGCUAAUUGGUCGGUGCUUAUUAUUGCGAUCGGAGAGUGUAUUCUAAUUGCUUGGAUAUACGGCGCAGAGAAGUUCUGUCAUGACAUCGAGCAUAUGAUUGGACGUCAGUCCCAGCUGUGGCUGUACUUCUGGAGCACCAUGUGGAGAGGAAUAACCCCAGCUGCUUUGAUCUUCAUUUUGGCGUUCAACUGGAUUGAAUACAAACCGGCGACUUAUGGCCACUACGUCUACCCCAUGUGGGCUGACGCGGUGGGUUGGAUCGUUGGGAUGCUGCCCAUACUUGUAGUGGUCUUGAUGGCCAUAGACAAAAUAUGCACCGGCCCUGAUGACCUAACAAUAAUGCAGAAAGCACGAUUUCUGUCCCAACCUACGGAGGAGUGGGGCCCCGCAUUGAGGAGCUCGGUGCCGAUGCCGCCCCAGACGGAGCUGUCUCCACCAGUGCUGCUACUGCACGGCCGCCAUGUUCUGCGCGAGCGUGGUGCUUGACCCCUGCAGACCUUUCCGCUUUCAGUUGUGCGGAAGACCUCCAGAGAUGUUGGAGACAAUACAUCUACUAACAGCUCAAUGGAGAAUGUUUCAAAGAAGUUUGACCUAACUAUCAAGAAGAGAAAUUCAUUCAAGAAAAAAGUUAAUAGUUACAGCCAUGAGUCUGAUGAUGUUGCUCUUGUACCC